AUGCUAAAAUCGCCCGUCUGUCGUGUUCACCUCCUGGGUCACCAUCUUUGCGAAGAGGGUGGAAUGAAAAUGAUCAGUCUGGAUGCAGCAAUGAACUUGAUGCUUUCAGAUAAUGAGUCACUCCAAGCAACAAAAGCGGUGAAUAUAGAUGGAAAUAUUUUGAGAAAUAAAAUAAUACCAUUCACUACGCAGUAUGUCAAUGAACUUCAUCGUUCAUCAAACAUCAUAUACUUGAGUAUAAUUUUCGAUAUGGCUGAAAUAUUCGAAUAUAAUGCUCAGCAAAAGUAUCCGUGGAGAGAUGAUGUAAUCAAAUGGAGCAUAGAAACGCUACAUAAGAAUACGAAUACUGGAUUUGCGCGUAAAAAUGCCAGUCACUUUUUGAGCGCUUUGAUCAGCAGUGAUAUUGCUACUGGAUCGAAGCUCAUCCCUGAUCUGAUUGAAUUGGUUAUCGAAAGUGGCGACCAGUUUCACGAUUGGAUAUCCAACCUGGUUAUUCAGCAGAUCGAGCAGGUAUCACCUGAUGGUGCUAAUCACAUAAUUGAAUCAGCACCAAAGCGAGAAAUGUUCUCAUUGGAUUUUUGCGAACUUCUAGCUGCAGUGAUGACUCGCGAACAAAAAUUUUCGUGUCUUCAUGAUAAUACACAAUGGUUGAACAACAAGUUGCGAUUGACGACUAUGAAAAUGCUGAUUGAAAACAAUGAAAUAACGGAACUUAUUCAUUCGUUAUUGGUGGAUCCAGAAUCACGUUUGGAUCACUUCACAGUAUGUUAUAAGUAUCUUCCUGAAAAAGCUCAAAAAGAAGGUGUUGAAAAAUGGAUUAGAAGACUGGAUCGUUUGAAAAUGUGCCAAGCGGAACAUAUAAAGCAAUUCCUGAAAAUAUGUGCACCAUUUACAGUCGAACAAUUUGAUGUAAUGUACAAAGUAAUGAAGGAGCGUUUUGAGAGGAAUCAUUCACUAUUCAAAUAUCUGACAGACGCAUGUCCCGCUUGGGUCAAACUUCGAUGCUCAUCAAUCGUGUGUGACAUAUUCGAUAGGUUAUCGUCGUCAUCAGCAUCAACAUCAUCGAUUAUUCCAGAUUUAACAAUUGUCGAUUGGUCUUUCGCAAUUUUCGAAUAUAUUCUGCAGUGUAUUGGUGACGAGAAUUGUGAUUUCUUAUUAACAAAACUGAUGUUACUGUUACAUGAUGACAACGAAAUAUUACGAGAGAAAGUGAUCCGAUGUUUAGCUUUACAUGCGACUGAAAAACAGUUGCAUCGGUUGGCACUUAAGGACGAACGACAGCAAACGAGAUUGUCAGCAAUCGACAUACUGUCAGCGCGCAUUGAAGCAGGUAAGACACCAUCGUCUAAUGAGGAAACGAUUGUUGGAGAGUUGCUCACCGAUUCGGAUUUAUGUGUUCGUGAACGGGCUAUCUGUUAUGCUGGUAAGCUGAUCCAGCUUGGGGGCACAGUUGGCGAUAACGUACGACAAAUUUUAAGCUGUUCCAUGAAUGAUGACGAUAACAAUUCGUUUGCGAAAUCCAGACGAGAACUACUAAACGUUCCGAAUUCCCAAUCAAAAUCCAAUUCUUCCGAUCAAAUCGACGGCUAUGAUAAUAGCAACGCAUCUCUUUCUGAUUUGGUAUCGCGAAUUACAUUAUCGGACUAUGUAAAUAAUGAUGAAGAAUUGGAUUGUUUUUAG